GGAGGCUCCAGAGAGAGGGAGAUGUCAGAGGCUGCGCUGCUCCCUUCCCUCAGUAGCACCAGUGGGGUUCAGCAGCCAGCAUGGCCACAGCUGCCUCCAGCCCCUACACCCUGCUCAGCUCCAGCCCCAUGAUCCACCCGGACAGCCAGGCCAUGCAGCCUGCUAGCCCCUACAGAGGACACCAGAAACUCCUCCAGGGCGACUACUUGCACAGCGUCCAGGGCAACGGACACCCCCUCGGGCACCAGUGGGCAAGUAGCCUUUCGGAGGGCAGCCCCUGGUCGGCCUCCAUGGAGCAGCAGGACGUGAAACCGGGUCGAGAGGACUUGCAGCUCGGCAUCAUCCAUCACCGCUCGCCGCACGUAGCGCAUCACUCCCCGCAUCACAACAACCAUGGUAACCACCCGGGAGCGUGGGGGACACCGGUGUCCCACAACUCGUCCAUCACCAGCGGGCAGCAGAUCAACAUCUACUCGCAGACGGGCUUCAGUGUCAACGGCUUGCUGGACCACGGUGGCCUCACGCCUCCACCCAACCCGCAGGGGCAAGGUAUGCACCCGGGCCUCAGGGACACACUUAGCCCCGAGCACAGCGACCUCGGCGGGCACCACUGCCACGACCACUCCGACGAGGAGACGCCGACUUCGGACGAGCUGGAGCACUUUGCCAAGCAGUUCAAGCAGCGGAGAAUCAAGCUGGGCUUUACGCAGGCGGACGUGGGCUUGGCCCUGGGCACGCUCUACGGUAACGUCUUUUCCCAAACUACCAUCUGCAGGUUCGAGGCUCUGCAGCUGAGCUUUAAAAACAUGUGCAAACUAAAGCCGCUGCUGAACAAGUGGCUGGAGGAGGCGGACUCGACCACGGGCAGCGCCAGCAGCAUAGACAAGAUAGCCGCGCAGGGGAGGAAGAGGAAGAAGAGGACGUCCAUCGAGGUGAGCGUGAAGGGGGUCCUGGAGACGCACUUUCUCAAGUGUCCCAAGCCGGCCGCGCCGGAGAUCACCUCGCUGGCGGACUCGCUGCAGCUGGAGAAGGAGGUGGUGCGCGUGUGGUUCUGCAACCGGCGGCAGAAGGAGAAGCGCAUGACGCCGCCCGGGGAGCCGCCGCACGAGGGACCCUAUUCUCACGGCGGCAGCGCGGGGGACGCCUCCUCGUGCCACGACCUCUGACCGAAAGCGCCGACGCCGGCACGGACUCUCGAGCGCAUGGCGCACCUCCGAGCCGUCCCGGCACAGACUCCUCCAGCACUGAACUACAACAACAACCACAAUAACAGAGCUACCGGCUCAGCCUUCGUCCUUUUCUGACUGUCCCGAGGGGCAUUUUGCUGUAGUGGCAUAUCAGACGUCACAUUCUCAGAUCGAUUUUGAAGCCCGCCAAAUUGUUUUCUACAUCACGGAUAUAAAUACAAAAAUGUGCCUAAUAACCUGCCAGCGCCUUUGGUUUGUGUCACCAUUCCUCAUCUGCUUGGUAACAAUGACUGGUUGGGACUUACUUUUUUUUUUGGGGGG